AUGACUCUUCCCCACACUCCGAGCCGAAGUGGGCAAGAAUUGAUUCAAAUCAUAGACAACAUCAACGAGAAAUACUCGCUGGACAUCCCCAAUCCCCGGAACUAUUCCCCCGGUGGUGAUAACAAGACUCCGGCGUGGAGGUGUUAUAAUGGGCUCAAGAUUCUUUACUUCCUCACAGUCCAAGCCCCUUUGAAUCGGGUUCUCGACAGCUUAGAAGACUGGGUAUUGGGUCAAUCAGAGAUACCGGCCGACAAACAUAUAUCGUAUCAGGCAGCUGGACACCGGAGCUCGGUCACCCGAGGCUCAGGACUGGGCGGGCAGCGCAUGCCUCUGGGUGCCAAUGAAAGGAAAGAGCGACUGCACUACCUGUUGAGACUGAUUGACGACGAGGUCUGGUUUCUGAAAAAAGGCUCGUUCCAGACGAACAAAUUGGUGGAGAGCAUAUCAGACGAACCAAAAGAUCCAACGCUUAAGUCCUUGAAGAGAAGUAUCUCAGGGGAUGAGGACGAAUUCCACACUGCGCCGAAUUCUCCGGCCAAAGACCCUGCAGGGCAAGGCUCACCCAUGGACACAGACCAUCACCAGCUUGAUGUUGGAAACUCUGAUCAGGGUCUCCUCUACCGGCGGCCAGCAGCUGCGGCUGUCCCGAGCAACAUUUUUCAACGGGCUCGUCGCUCUGAGUCACAGGAAAAGCCUUCCAGGUUCUUAGAGAAACUGACCGCGCCUGAUAAGUACCGGCGCUACGACGCCGCUGUACCUGCUGCCCCGAGUGCGGCAUCUACAAGCUUCGCGCCAACUAUGGCGUCGUGCUCGGACCUUUUCACCUCCCACAAGCGUCCAUAUGACACGUCCUUCAUCUCGACAACCACUGAUGCUACUGAGCCUAUGCUGGAGGUUGAGUCAACGUAUGAAGGCUCUUCGGUGGUAGGACACAUGCUCAGUGAAGAGAUGAGGACGACAUUCGACCAGCAGAGUCUGAAUCUAGACUCAGUCCAAGAGCCUUCGCGGUCCGAGGAAGGCCGAAUCUUGGCGGAGCUUCGACAGCACGGACCGUUCAGUUACGAAACUGACGGACAAACAUUGUCACGGUCAAUUCCACUUCGCUAUCGAUACGCACUGGAAAGGAUUGGCCGGUCCUGGAAUGUGCCUCUAAAACUCAUGUUCGCUGGUGAUAAUAUCACCUUUAAAACUCUAGAUGAAUAUUGGCAGUGGGUUACAGGUCAUAAGCAACGCGAUGGCAAGCCACUCCCUGAAAAGCCGACUCGCAAGGCCUGGGAAGCUGCCGUUGGUAAUUUCAAAACUGACAAACAUUCCGAGGUGGUUGUUCUGUCAGGGGACAUGGAGUGGUGUACUGGGUCCGAACGCGGUAUCCUCAAGUUAAAAUUGCAUCCGCUAAAGACAGAACGAACCUGCCGCUUCCACCGACGCUUUGGAUCAGAUCGCUUUCUCAGUCUGACUAUACCCGCCCCAACCCGGCCACCACCCCAUCUGCGGAUGACCUCGCAACCUGCUCUCCUGCGAGAAACCAUAGCUCGCUGGUUAACACAAGAGGUGCAUCGAUGCUUAGGGAGAGACUGGAGACCAUUCUUUGUGGAGGAAGUGAAAUCGAAGCGCAAAUCCAGGUCGGAGCCGAAAUUCCGAGUGGACUUCUUCGCUGUUGGCGGCAAGGAUAUCAAGAACAGUAACCGCAUGCCCUCGUACAUAUCUCCCCCGAAUCAGGACAGUACAAACCACACCUCAAUGAGCUUGGAAGCUCUAAUCAAUUGGCAUAUGCCCCCAGAUGCUAAUCUCGAUCAGUCUAACUGCAAACUUUUUCAACGAUUUUCUUUAGGCCUUUCCAAAACCUAUGCAACAGUGGUACUGCGACCAUCGCAGGUCCUGUCUCUGCCAGACCUUCCGGGCCGUCCUGUCAUGAACGAUGGCUGCGCUUUGAUGUCAAGGGCAAUGGCCAGUCGCAUCUGUGAUAUGUUGGGGAUCACGGGAAUGACCCCUAGUGCCUUCCAAGGUCGAUUUGCGGGAGCCAAAGGGUUGUGGAUGGUUGACCGACAUCAGUCGCAGCUCUCAGCCGAAUGUGAUGAUGAAAUGUGGAUUCAGAUAUCCGAUUCGCAGCUGAAGAUUCAUCCGCACCCCCAAGCUUGGCGGGAGCCUGUGGACGAUGAGCAAUUGACCUUCGAGGUUGUGACGUGGUCCAAGCCAUUGCAUUCGGUCGAUUUGAAUAUCCAGCUCUUAGCCAUCCUCGAGCAUGGUGGACACGUUAGGGAGCAUAUCGGCGACCUCACCCGGCAAGGAAUUCAAGCGAUGUACCAGGAUUUUGUGGAGGUACUCCAGUCCGAUAGUCCUGUACUUUGUCGUAAUCUCAUUCAGAAACUCCGGCCUUCAGCGGAUAAUAGCUCUGGGCUGAUGUCACAAAGGGUCAAGCGUCUAGAGGAAUGGACGGCGAACGACGCAGAGUUCAUUAUACGACUAAGUGAAGCAGGGUUUGGGCCUCAAAGCUUCUAUCCUCUCCGUAAGCGGAUUGGGAAAUGCCUUAGGACCGUGCUCAAUCGAUAUGUGGAUGAAUUGCAUAUAGAAGUCCCUCUUUCAACCUAUGCUUUCUGUAUAGCAGACCCGUACGGCAUUCUCAAAGAGGACGAGGUACAUCUCGGUUUUUCCACCAACUGGCGCGAUGGCCAAGGCCAAUUCGAUGAUAUCAUGCUAGAAGGCUUUGAAAUCCUCGUGGGUCGACUUCCAGCCCAUCUUCCCUCUGAUAUCCAACGUCGGAAGGCUGUGUGGAAGAAAGAACUCCGUCAUUUCAAGGACGUCAUCGUAUUUCCUAGUGUGGGUAAGGUAGCGUUGGCGCACAUGCUAUCCGGCGGUGACUACGAUGGUGACACUCCUUGGAUCUGCUGGGAUCAGAAUAUCGUGCGCAAUUUCUUUAACUCGGACCUUCAAGACGUUGAAUAUCCUCCGGACCACUUUGGUCUUACGGAAUAUUCCGUGCCCAUGCGCGGAAUCAAGACCAUGGACGAGUUCCUCGAAAGUGCGUUCAAGUUCAACCUAACACUGUCGAGUUUAGGACGCUGCACGGUCGAGCAUGAAAAGAUUGCAUAUGACGAAUCGAUCAACUCGCGUAGCGCUAUCGAGCUUGCUAGUCUCCUGAGCCACUUGGUAGACGGGCGUAAAGGAGGUGUACAUCUGUCUGAGCAAGCCUGGAGACAAUAUCGCAAGAAGAUUAGUCCUCGAUUUCGUGAUUUGCCCGCCUAUAAGGAUCCUCAACGAAGGCAUAAAAAGGCCAACAUCAUCGACUUCCUUCGCUUCGAGGUAGCUCGCAAAGAGCGUGAUAAGGUACUAACUCAACUUGAGACAUCAUUCCCGGAGCACAAAUCGUCAGGUCACCACGAUGAGGACCUCCUACGAGUUUACAAGGAGGUCGAGCGGCAAAUUGCGCAUGAUCCCGAGAUGGGAGCCGCCUUGCAAACUGUGGCCCAGCAGAUCAAGGAUCUACGCACUCAGUACAACGAGUUCGCCCACCAGAGCACCGAAUCUUUCUCCGUCUAUGCUCUACAAGCUGCCGAACAAGCUCAAGUCAUUAAACCUCCAUUAGGCACCCAUCCUCUGACCCAGGUAUGGAAAUAUUGCCCGGACGAAUGGCUUCGUUACCUAGCUUCAAGUACGUAUCAGCGGUACCCGAAAUCCAGCUUUGUUAUACACGCCUUCGGUGAGGUUCUUUGUCAGAUGAAGUCAAGUAACAUGUCGGCGCGAACGGUAACGCAUGAGAUCCUCGCCUGUUAUCGUGUCAACCCUAAGGUCAUUGCGCAGCUCACAUUUCGAGACACGGUGGAGGAAGAAAGAGACAGCGGCGUGGACGAGGAUGAGUACGAGGGCCAUGAAGCCAUAGAAGCGAUGCACUUGGGGUUGCCAUCUCCAGCAGCGGGCGGAUACUACGACCCGGAUGACGGAAUGUCGGUGGAAUGAGG